CUGUCCUCAGACACGUGACUCAACAUGCGACGCCAGAACAUGAAGGUUCGGAUCAACGCCACCGGCGACACCAUCGUCAUGAAGUUCUUACGGCCGAGUCCAGAUGUGAAGCUGGAAGGUUACAUCCUGGGAUACGGCAGCAGCAUGUUCUCCAAACAGCUGAUCGAGCUGCCAGAGAACGGAGAACCCUACGAGACCGAGCUGGAUGCAGAACCGAAGUACCUGGUUGCUGUCCAGCCAAUCCCAGCCAACGACGUGAAGAAACACUGCACAGGUAAAGUGAACCUGGAGAAGCCGCUGCACCUGGUGAUCGGCUCGGUGAGCCCAACGGCGGUGCUGCUGUCCUGGGGAAACCACCUGAAGACGCCCUACGAAGGCAACGUCAUGAACGAGUGUCUGGAGGACGGGUUCUACACCAUCCGCUACAGGGAGAGGAACAGGAAGUGGAUCUACCAGACCUGCCCAACCAGCGACACCGUCAUCGACAACCUGAAACCCAACACUCCGUACGAGUUCGGCGUCCGAUCCAACAAGGACGACCGAAGCGGCAUGUGGAGCAAACCAGUCGUCCACAACACCAACAUGGGCAAUAAAAACGCUCAGAAGCCGUACAAGCUGCGCAAUCCUCUGGCCAAGCCGCUGAAGCCUCACGCCUUCUUCCCUCCUCGUCCUGCUCUUCACAACGGGACGAGGCCUCGGCUGUCCACGGUUCUGAAAAAGCCCGGUUUCCCCGGAGCGCCGCGCACCUCCUUCGCGCCGCCGGAGAGUCGGCAGGAAAGCUCGGUCCAGCCCACGUUCCCUCGCUCGGCGCCGCUCGAAAAAGGGAACUCUGUUAGAACCGACCUGGACCGGCCAGCGGACCCUCCCACUCCUGCCCUCCCCCACUUCCUGCCCACCAAAGCCCCACCCACCGUCACCACCCCUCUUUAUAAAAUCCCCUCCGGCGGUGAAUCGCUUCAUGUCCAGACCACUAAGACGCCUUCUAGUGAACCCGAGAAGAAUCAGAACCCUGCUGCUUUUGGCCAAUCACGGGACGGGUCCUCGCUGCUGAGAUCAGCGUUGGCCAAUGAGAGAGCCAGAGCUAACACCUGGGGUCAAGACAGCAACAGAAACCCGUUGCUGCCUUUGCAUUCCUUCGACCCGGCAGCUUCCACGGUUGGAUCCAUGAGGCCGUCGCCCAGAAAGCCCCUCUUUCCCUUCUCUAAGGGCCUCAGACAGCCCAGUAACUCCGCCCCCACCUCGGGGAUACUCGGGGUAAACCGACACCUUCACCGGGGCGUUUCCCCGCCAAAACCGGCCUUAUGGUCCCGACCUGGACUCGGUAAAGACCCGUCUGUCCGUCCAUCCAGAUCAAGAGCUCCUGGUAACCUGCCGCUGCCUUGCUCUGCUGUAACUCUGCUGUACGCUGGUCCGUCCUCAGCGCCUCACGUCGUCUACCAGACCGGGAAGAAGCCAGAGGAGCCCUGCUCCAUCACCUCCUCCCUCAACUACUUCCCCGAGGACGAACCUGGCGAGGCCAACGUGACAUCGCCGCCCCGUAUGCCGCCGUCCAACCUCACUGUGGUGACGGUGGAGGGAUGUCCGUCCUUCAUCAUCCUGGACUGGGAGAAGACCGACAACGACACCACCGAGUAUGAAGUGAUCUCCACGGCUAAAGGACCAGACGGUGAGCAGGUUUCCAUCCUGACCACCAACCAGACGCACACGGCUGUGGAGAACCUCAAACCUGAGAGCAGUUACGAGUUCAAGGUGAAGCCGAAGAACGAGCUGGGUGCAGGUCCUCCCAGCGAGCCGGUGUCCUUCAGCACCGAGUCUGCGGAUCCCCGAGUGAGCGAGAACGUUUCAGGUAAAGACGCCAUCUGGACUCAGUUCCCGUUCAAGACCGACUCGUACUCCGACUGCCACGGCAAACAGUACGUGAAGAGAACCUGGUACCGCAAGUUUGUGGGCGUCCAGCUGUGCAACUCACUGCGGUACAAGAUCUACCUGAGCGACUCGCUCAAUGGUAAAUUCUACAACAUCGGAGAUCAGACGGGCUUCGGUGAGGAUCACUGUCAGUUCGUCGAUUCGUUCCUGGACGGACGGACGGGAAAGCAGCUCAGAGCUGACCAGCUCCCGAACCGACCCGGUUUCUACCGAGCCGUUCGUCAGGAGCCGGUCCACUUCGGGCAGAUCGGAGGACAUUCCCACGUCAACUACGUCUCCUGGUACGAGUGCGGGACGCCCAUCCCCGGCAAAUGGUAGUUGGACCCACAGGCGUCCUUGGAGAAGCCCGCCAGGAAGUUCACGGUCCGGACUGGGAUGGCAGCGGGGGUCCUUAGAACCGGCCGACCCUCCACCAUGUUACCCAGAGCUGUAAAAACAUGUAGAGGACAUACUCGUCAGGGAAUUAGUAACGAGAGAGCAGUUUUUAAAUAUAGAAAACGUGCCUCAUCUUGACUAUUUAUCAAGCAUCAAGGCUGAAGUGACGUCGGGAUCGUUCGGUUCCUCCGACUCACGCUAGAUAUAUUUUAUUUUGUGUUAAAGAAUGGGAAGCUGGCUCCCUGGAUUACUAUUUUCAUAACUUGUGAGAUGUUAUUUAUCAAAAGGUUGGAUUACAUUUCUUAAACAGGAGUUGUCGGGUUGUCACGUGAUUUUGUUGUUUUCAGCUGAAGUCUCUCCUGUUGGUCUGCUUUGUAAAGUCAAGUGUUCUAACGGCGGUGGACCAGUUUAACGGCCUUCACCGCUUCACUGGACUUUAUACUGUUUGUUUCUGCAACUUGCUGGAUUUUGUAGUUUUUCUGUCUCAUUAAAAGAAAAGACCCCGAAAACAAAGAGUCAAACACAGAACAUAGACCAACCUGCUCCGAAAGUUCAGCACUUGGACUGAAAGGUGAAAAUGGCCAACCAACCGUUUGAAACACAAACGUAUUCAUCAUAUAAUUCUUAUAUUUAAGAAGCAUCAUGUUUUUAAUGUUCCUGAUUCAUUGUCAGUCGAGUUCAUUGAGCCGCUGUUUUCUAAAGUGCUCACUGCCAGUUUCGGUGCUUUAAGUAAACCAAUCGUACAUUGUUUCAGGUGAAAUGCCGUAAAGCCGGCGGUCGGCACAUUGGAUGUGUUGACGGAUCGCUGCCAUGAGGCUUCUACACUUUGCACAGCAGAAAUGUAUUUAUAUGUAUAUGGAGAGAAUGUAUUUUUUCAGUACAUUUUUGCAGAUGCAUUUCCCUCAUCACGGCUUUUUAAACUGCUCUGACGCCUUCUUCUCGCCUCAUGCUAAAGUAGCACGGGAAGCUAACAGAAACAUUUGACCAACUAAACUAGAUUUAAUGAAGCAUUUCUAAAGUUAAUGUGUGUGUGCUAGCUUGCUAGGUAGCUGGGUGAGGAUGUAGCAAUGGGUAGUUGUUACCUCGGCUAUCAUGCUAACUGGUCCUCAUCCAUAGACUCCCAAGAUUUCUGGCUUUCAGGAAGCUAACUGCCACCUGGUGGUUUUAAUUUCAAAUCUAUGCACUUAUAAAUGGCGUCUUUCUUUAUUUGAGCUUCCAGUACUCAUAUGUUUUAAGUAGGGUUUGCUAGCUUACGAAGAGUAAAACUAUGGAUUACUGUUUCCGUGGCUAGCUGGGUAAUUAGUCCUGGGAAGCUAAUGAAGGCUAACAAAUCUGAAAGUGUCUGAAUAUCUGUCCUUAUUUCAUGAGUGACAUUCAUUCAGUGAUUGUGGAGUGAAUUUGUUGGCAGGUGGGAUUUUUUGCUCAGUAUUUGAAGCAGAAAGGCCCCUAGCUAACAUGCUAAUGAUGCUUUAAACUGAGCCUAAUGUUGCUGAUGUUAGCCUCCCGUCCUGCUGCUGUGAGCUGCACGGUGGAGGGAUGGAGCGCCACCACAUGGUCCAACCACGUUUCCUGCUUCCUGUUUCCUGCUUCCUGCUUCCUGUUUCCUGCUUCCUGUUCCCUGCUCCCUGCUUCCUGUUUCCUGCUUCCUGUUUCCUGCUUCCUGUUUCCUAACCUUUCCACUGACUGUACGAUGCUCGGAGCCCGUCAGGGAUCAAAUCAAACACACGGAAAUAAGAGUGUUCAUGUUUUUCUACCUACGUUUGUUUCUAUACUGAUUUUAAACAAUAAAGAAGUUUUGAUUCCUUUUUUAAAA